AUGGGGAAACUGCAGAGUAAAAUCAACUGCAGCACCUCCAAAUACAGGCCUGAUGAUUAUGUGGAAGAGGACAGUCCUGCGCAGGCUGUUCAGCAAUACAGCCCUGCUCACACUGGCGCCGUCACUUCUGUGGCUGCUCUAACAUCAGAUCUCUGUGUGUCGGGGGGAAAGGACAAGGCAUCAGACCGACAGUUGGUUAAAAUAAAAAUGCAAAGGCUGUCAGUACUCCAGGCCACUGACUGUCCACCAGUUGGGCUGGGGAAGGAGUGCCCCUCCCAUUUCCAGACUGUAGUUGUGUAUAACUGGAGAUCGGGAGCAGUGCUGAAGAGGUUCGUGGGACAUCAACGCGAAGUGACUAAGGUGGCCUGUGUCUUUGAAUCCAACAGUUUUUUCAGCGCCUCCCGUGACAAGACAGUCAUGAUGUGGGAGCUACACAGGAACUCGGGGCCGAGCCAGCACUUCCCAGGACAUGACUUGGUUGUAACUGGACUGGCGGUGAGCCCAGACUCUUUACAGCUGUGCACAGGUUCACGGGACAACACCAUGUGCAAGUGGGACAUAGAGACCGGGGAGUGUCUGCGGAGAGCUGCCAUCUCCAGGAAUCUGGUAACACACCUGUGCUGGGUUCCUGCAGAGCCGUAUGUCAUCCAGACGUCAGAGGAUAAAACAAUCAGGAUCUGGGACAGCCGGGAGCUGCAGGUGGCCCAUAGGUUCCCGGUAAAGCAGUAUAUUCAGACCUACUGUGAUGUAAGCCAGGAUGGCCGGUACUGCAUCAGCAGCAGCAAUGGCUUUGGUGGGGAGGGCUGCGAAGCCACACUAUGGGACCUAAGGCAGACAAGAAGCCGAGUGCGUGAGUACAAGGGGCAUUUCCAAACCACAGCAUCCUGUGUCUUCCUUCCCAACGGUGUGGGUCUGACCCCAGUCGUUGCCACUUCAUCACAUGACUGCAUGGUGAAGGUCUGGAACCAAGACAGCGGAGCCUGCCUGGUCACCUUGUGCCUCGACGGAUCUGGACCCCUUGCUUCCCUGGCUGUCUGUGACAGUUCCACACUUCUCUGUGCCAGCUUCAACUCAGGAAUUCACUUACUCAGGAUAAACAGCGUUAAAGGCCUGGAGCUCCAGGAGGUGGCAACGUUCUGA